GAAUGUCAAUGUCGAUUAUUUCAGCAGUGAUGUUUUUCGUGCACCAGGAUCUAUUUAAAUAUAAUUAGAUUGAUCUUGACUGGCUUCAGUUUUCAUAAUUCCUUGAAGUUUUAAUUUGAAGAACAUUGUGCGUGCUCUUUGAAGUCUGGUGGAACCGUGCAAAUGUUUAUUUUUAUAUAAACUGCAUUCUUAUUCAAUAUAAAUCUGAUCAGUUAUCAGAAUAUAUCAGUGUCAAGCUUACAUAAACAUUAGAACGAUGGCUAACAAUCGCAAUAAAUAUGAGAAAGCUCGAAGACGUUUAUCAGCUGUAACAUUUCUAUCAAAUAUAUCAUUAGAUGGGAAGAUGAGAGACCCGGAGUUGGUUCAUGUAAUUGAAAAAACACCGAAAAAAGACAAAAUUGAGUCAGCUUCUAAGGCUAUUGAUAUUGUCAAAGACACUGCUUUACGAAACAGUGUCCGACACAAGAAUAAGGCGUCAAAUUCGAGCCCGGUCCACCGCCUAGGGGCCGACAAUCAUUCUGUAAGCUCAGACUCAGAACACACCAAUACUAUAACACCUGUGAAGGGUGUAAAUACUUCUUUCAUCAGGGAGAGAUGUUCUUCGGGAACAACAGAAUCAUUUAAGGAAAAGCAUGGCUCAUCUAGAUCUAGGAAACCUCACCUUGUUACCCUUACUGGUUCUAAUGCAGAUGAUAAAAGCAGUUCAGAAAGCCUUAACUUUGGCAAGUUUAGGACCAGUAACACUUGUAUCCCCGAACACCAUGCAUUAACAAAAGAGGUCCGCAUGGUAAGACCAAGUAAAGGAGUUUCUUUCAGGGAUGAGAGACUGGCAAUAGCACCAGGACAGGGUGCCCCUUGUGUUAUAUUCAGUACUAUACCAUACUCUAAGACUGUCCGCAAUGCACGUUCUGAUCUAAGAAAAGAUGGUGUUAGAAGGAGGAACACAUCAGGGCCAAGACCACUGUCAUCCAUUACUGACAAUGGUAUGGAUCCCUUUGACCUUCUUGGUUUGGAAAAGGAAGAAAAUGGCCAGGAAAUUUCAUAUUCUAAACUGUUGGUGCCAUCAAAAGUAUGUACUAGGGAGCAGUAUAAAAAAAUGUAUGAAGGUGACUUUACUGAGAAGUCUAAUUGGAAAGUGGUAAACAGACACCCCCAUGUGAUUGCAAGGACUAAGUUAUUGACGAGGCACAAGGAUAAAAAAUGGUGUUUUUCUUACGAAUCGUCUCAGAGGACUGCAAUACCAUCAUCUCCACCACACUCUUCGGUUGAUAUGAAAACAUUUGACUGGGACGAAGGGACAUUACUAUCGCAAAAAUAUGUUCAAUACUGCCCCAAUGUGCUAGACGACCCAGAGCUCAUAGCAGGCAAGCACAGAACACUUCUGACGUUCACAUCCUACAUGACGUCUAUUAUUGACUACGUGCGACCCCAAGACCUCAAAAAGGAACUCAAUGAUAAGUUCAGGGAGAAGUUCCCACAUAUAAAAUUGACUCUCAGUAAAUUGAGAAGCAUCAAGAAAGAAAUGCGUAAGAUUGCGAAACACGACAGUGGUGGAGUUGAUUUAUUGUCAGUCGCCCAGGCGUAUGUUUACUUUGAGAAAUUGAUUCUCGCAAAUCUCAUUAACAAAGACAAUAGGAAAUUAUGUGCUGGGGCGUGUUUACUGUUGUCUGCGAAACUCAAUGACGUGAAAGGAGAAGCUUUGAAGUCGCUAAUAGAGCGCAUCGAAACCACGUUUAGAGUAAAUAGGAAAGAUUUGCUGCGGUUCGAAUUCGCAGUGCUGGUGGCGCUGGAGUUUGGUCUGCACGUGCCUCCCUACGAGGUGUUCCCCCACUACCAGAGAUUGCUCCACGAUUCGUGACCUUGGCGCAGACUGGCCUUCGAGCCAUGUAUACGCGUGUGUCACAGAAGACGUGCCACCAUCGUAGACAAUCUAAGAGCUAGUGCCUGGAUGUAAAGUGUUCAUUGAUAUUAAAACAAUGUUAAAAACAUUUUUGAGAUAAAGUGAAGCUGUUAAACUAGGCGAAAUGGAAAAUUACUAACAUAAUAUUCUUAUGAAAUUAAGUACAGCUUUCUUUCUCACAGAGUAUGUAAACGCGGCGACCAAAAAAGGCGAAAUAACAGAUAAUAAAAUGCUUGGAGUAGCUAGUCUCUUAUGCUAUAGAGACUCUAACUUAGAAUCUAAUCAAACCACAUUGUGGAGUUUCAAGUUAAUGCAGCUAAGAUAAAUCUUUGCGAAUAUUUUGUACAGCUUAGUGUUUAUGUAAUUUGUAGAAAGUAGAAACAUUAGGUAACUUGGUAAUUAAAAUAAUUUCACUUAAAUUACAUCGAAAUUAUGCUAACCUAGCCUUAAGAUUGUUUACUAGAAUACAGGUCCAUUAAAAUCUAGUACAUAUUUUGUCAUAGAUAGUAAAAUGUAAGUAGUUCAAAUUGAAACUAAUUGAAAUGGUUAUACCAGCUAUUAUAAUAUGUGAAUAAAAAUAUUUUAUUAAUAGUUUAGAAAUAAUUAUGAAUUAAAUAAUAAUAUUUUCAAAAAAUAUUCCUAUUAUGCAACGACACUAUGUGCUCCUCCUAAUUGACUAGUCACGGCAUCGUAAUGCUCGUUUUAUUUUAAUGUAACGUAUAAUGUAAUAUAUAUAAUGUUAAUUAACUCAUCGGCCCCAAUAUAAAUAAUAAUUGCAAUUAGAUUAAAAUUGUUUAAAGGGCCUCUGCGAGUUGGCUUCGGCUCCUCGUACGCCUUCCCAAAGUCCGGGACCCUGUGGUCCCGUGAAUGGAAAGGACACAUUGAAAAUUGUAAGUUUUGUAUUACGAAAGAAAUUGAUAAUAUUUACUCAACACUUAAAGUGUAAAGUUGACUUGUUGAUUGAAUAAUCAUGAUUAGUUGAAUACUCACCGGAUAAUGUUGCUCAAUCAACUGUUAUGUAACAUUAGCUUACUGUAAAUACAGUAUUAAAUAAGUAAAAUAGAAAAUAUUCAUCUUGCGAUGCCCAGGCGCUGCUUCAAAUUUUUAGAGCCGGCGCUCACUGCCGGCAUGGCACGGCAGAUUGUGCUACGGUCUGCCAUGAUCGCUGCAGAAGUGACAACCUUAUUUCAACUGUCUUAGCUAUCAUAAUUCCUCGACACAAAAUUACCCUUACGUCUCGCGAAUUGCAAUGGCAUCGUGGUACCGAAAUGAAGUAAUAUGAACACUAAGUGCAUUGAAAUAUGAUUGAAAAUUACUUAUUUAGUAUAAUCGAAAAUAACUUGAUUAACGUGCCGUGCCGUUAAUGAGCACUGGCCCUUAUUGUACAUAUUUGAUCCUUCUAUCUCUAGCAUCCACACCUCGCCAUCUUAGUUAAAUAUUGUAAUGUUAUAAAUUGUAUUAUAGCCAAAUAUUGCAGCUGUGAUAUGAACACAUGUAUUUAUCUAUCUAAAUAAGCUAAGCUAAGUAAAUAGUGGUCACGUCGGAAGUUAUUUAUUUUCGUUACAUUUGAGCUAGAGUACGAAACACAUAGGUGUAAGUGUUAUCUUAUUUUUAUUAUAAGUACCUAAAUGGUGUGCAAUCUAAUGUUUGUUUUAAUAAAUUCUUGAAAAGAU